CUGUGUUUUUCUUACAUAGAGAGGUUGUGUACAGGUGCAGGACAGAGCAGACUGACAACCCGCAGGACUCGGUUUAUUCUGACUUGAUUACAGACCUCAGCCUCAGUAAAGAGCCCGUCAGUGGGAUUUAACUGUGUCCACCUGCAUUGAAUGACGCUGCCAUCCUGGUGUCGGACAACAAUCAACAGCGUUACCAUGCCGUCUCUGCGACACUCAUAUACGGUGACAGUAGCGGAGGAACCGGCCGCUCUCUCCUUAGACAAACCCGACCUGCGGAAAAAGAGUCCGUCGUUGUCCCGGUCCAAGCUGGUGUCCACAUUCAUGGGUCUGAUCAUCAACCAGGCCAAGAACAAGAGUCCUCAAGGGCUGGUGGGCCUGAAGAACUUGGGCAACACAUGUUUCAUGAACUCCAUCCUGCAAUGUCUGAGUAACACUCCUGAGCUGAGAGAUUACUGCCUGAGAAACGUCCAUCGCACUGACCUCAACAACAACUGCAGGAGUAACGCUGCUCUUAUGGAAGAGUUUGCAAAGUUGACUCAGAACCUGUGGACUUCUGUGAACAACGAGGCCAUCAGUCCCUCUGAUUUUAGGAGCCAGAUCCAGAGAUACGCUCCCAAAUUUGUGGGCUGCAAUCAGCAGGACGCUCAGGAGUUUCUACGCUUCUUGUUGGACGGCCUCCAUAAUGAAGUGAAUAGAGUGACAGUCCGCCCUAAGGUGUCUGUGGAGGACUUUGACCACCUCUCGGAUGAGGAAAAAGGCAAGCGGAUGUGGAAUAUGUACUUGGAGAGGGAGGACAGCAAAGUAGUGGAUCUGUUUGUUGGACAGCUGAAGAGCUCUGUGACCUGCACCGUCUGUGGGUUCCGCUCCACAGUGUUCGACCCAUUCUGGGACCUAUCGAUACCUGUUGCACAGAAAAGCUCAGGCGAAGUGACUCUCAAAGACUGCUUGAGACUCUUUACAAAAGAGGAUGUGCUGGAUGGAGAAGAAAGACCGACAUGCAACAGAUGCAAAGCCAGAAGGAAAUGCACCAAAAGAUUCAGCAUUCAGAAGUUCCCUCAGAUCCUCGUGCUUCAUCUGAAGCGCUUCUCAGACUCUAACAUCCGAACCAGCAAACUCUCCACUUACGUCAACUUCCCUCUCAAAGAGCUGGACCUGCGGGAGUUUGCCUCAGAGAGCAGCGAGCGCGCUGUGUAUAACCUGUAUGCCGUAUCCAACCACUCGGGAAACGCUUUGGGAGGCCAUUACACAGCCUACUGCAGGAACCCGGCACUUGGGGAGUGGUACAGCUACAACGACUCUAGGGUGAGCCCAGUGUCCUCCAGUCAGGUCCGCAGCAGCAACGCCUACGUCCUAUUCUACGAGCUGGCCCCCUUCCCACACAGCAAAUAUCAGACGUGUCGGCUUUAGAAACUGUGGAGGUGUGAUAAGCUGGACUAAACUGGGCCUAAAAAUGGAGCGAGACUGCCUGCUGGGAGAAAGCGCCAACUAGUGGAGAGGGUACUGCCAUUGCAGUCUGUGAAUGUGGAGCACAAAGACAUGUUGCUGAGAAAAAUAAACACCCUUUGACCUUCCUUUCAAGGGGUUUUUGAGGGAAAAGGGUGGAUGUGAAAGCACAUCUGGACUUCAAGCUGAGCUCAUAAGUGCAAGUGGAACUGAAGUGACACUGAGAAAAUAGGACUUCCAUUGUCAAAAAAAAAGUGUAGAAAUUCAGCUCAAGGCUCAGCUGAGUCAAAAUGCCUUUUUAGUGUACUUUUAUGCACUUUGAACAUGAACUAUUAACCUUAUUAAGUGAGGAUGAUACGGAGACAUGAAGAAUGCCUCGCACACUAACUGCAAGAUGUAAUUUAUUCUAUUUAACAUGCCAGUAACUGAAAGUACACACUGUAUAAGUCAUUUAACAAGCCUUAUGAUUUCCUCUGAAAACAGAGGGAAUCUACUAAUGGAGAGAGGAUGUUUCAUGUAAAAGCACAUUUUAUUUUUGUACAGUAUUUACAGCACAGUGAAUGAAACUGUACUGUGGAUAAGCCAGACAUACCAAAGCUGUGUAAAAAUGCAUCAACAAUACUUCUUCCAGCAAUAAUGUUGCUGACUUUACAUCUAAGUCAGUUCAGAGUCUAUAAAUGAUUAAAAUUCAUCGUUAACUUUCA